UUACGUGGAACUGUACAGAUUACGCCCGAAGAUCGUCCUGCAGUAUCUUACUCGUAUCUCUCUUCGAUGUUGGGAGAGCAUUUGAUUGAUGCCAUUUCCACCAACCCUGGUGCUGCAUUGGAUUUGGAAGCUGCUUUGAGUAUCUUGCCACAAACACAAUACGGUUUGGACGUCAAUGUGAAAUUUUCUGCCAUUGAUGCAUUCGCAACCGAAAGUGAGCACACUGAAGCUCCUCUUGCUUUGUUCAAGCUUUGCAAUGUUCCUCUCGUCCACGGAUGGCUGGCAGAUCAAGCUGAUGCAGAGACGUGGGCUGCUGUGGUAGAGAGGGCAGGAAAUUAUGACAAAGCGUUGGAUCGCGUCGUUGCUGGAGAUGACAUCGCAAAGACUGCAGAAGGAGAUGCAAGCUUUGAUGUUCGAGCAGCUCAAGUGAUGGACACCAUUUCUCCAGAGCAACGUGUGAUCGUACAGGAUGCUUCCCUCAUUCGUCGCUUCCUUGAAUCAACUGCUACUCAAUUGACUUACCCAGGCUUGUAUGCUCUCAGUACAUCACUCGAACGUGGUGUUCUUUAUGCUCUAUUCCGCAACUCACACUUGUCUGUACUCUACAGACCAACGGAAGAGGAAUUAUUACAAGCAGCAUCAUCAAGUGACAUGCAUUCUCAGCCACAAUUGUAUCAACUGGUGACCGAUUCAACACUAGAAAAUGAAGAUUCGAUCGUUUGGGAAAGCGUGGAGGAUAUCGAUGGAAGUGCUAGCAGAUUCUUUGAUGGCAAAUUCCGA